UUUUCAACAAGUUAUAUUUUGUUAGUGUUUUAUUUUAAUGGAAUAUUAUUCGUUGAUUUUAAUGUCUAUUGCCAUUGUCGUUAUGAAAUUAGAUAAAGGAGUAAAUUGCAAAUAUAAUUGUAUUAACAAUUAUCGUGAUAAUUAUAAAAAUUACAUCCAAACAGUGAUUGGUUACAUUCGUUCACAUAUUGUAUCCACUCAAAUACAAAAUCUAAAAUUGAAAAUAGAUUUAAAUUAUAUUAUUAGUAUUGAAGAAGCUUUCAAACCUGAGACGAACUAUAAUAAUUUCAAAAAUAACUAUUCUCAUACAAUAAGUAUACUAAAUUUCAAGUACACUGAGAUAUUAAAAAACUUUCUCGAUUAUAUAUAUAUUAUUCUCCAAAAAUGUAGUCAGUUUUAUGAAAGAAAUUUAAAAGAAAAUUUUAUUUGUUGUGUAAUUUCACUCGUAGAAGAAGUGAAAAAUUCCAAGACUAUGUUUGAAAAUUUGCACAAAGCUAUGAUGUUUCUAAGCUACAUAGAUGUAAGAUGUGUGUUUCAAGGAUCCAUUGUGCCGAAUGUUAUAAUUGAUGAAAUUAACUUUUUUCAAAAAUAUGUGUUUCAAGAAAUACCAGAGAACGGCCAUUUUGAUCUCAAUAGUUUACCAAGUAUUCAAGACACUACAUCGAAAUUUAAGAAUUUAAAUGAAUUUUAUACAAAAGCAUCAACAAAAGUAAACAAUCUCUAUGAAAAUAGUAAUAUUAUUGACACUUCUACAAAAACCGAUUCAACUACAAUUCAAUUUAAGGAAUACUCUUAUGAAGAUGACUCUUAUUUGGUCUAUUUAAUAUGUAGUAAACUUAAAACAUUUUAUAACGAAAACAUAGAAAUUUGGUACACAAAUCUCGGCUUUGAACAAUUUCUCAACCCCAAUAAACCUGAACUCAUACCUCCAAUAGAUCCAAGUAUAAAUAAAAAUGAUGGAAUUAAAGCUCUCAAUAUUCUUCGACAGGAAAAUGGUUGGCAAACAAUGUGUCACAUAAAUAUAAUUUAUAAUGAUAAACUAUUCAACAUAGAUUGUAUAUUAAAAGACCCAAUUGAUGACAUGAAUUUUCAAAUAAAAAAAGAAUAUAUAACACAAUUAUUAAGAUGUAGAUAUACAGAAAUAAUUAAAAAUUACCAUGUAAUAUUAGGUGCUAUAUUAUUUCUAUGCAGUGAAGAUAAAAAAUGCUACAACUACAAUUGCUUGAUUAAAUUAUUUGAUUCAUUCAACAAAUCCAAAAUAAUGUUUGAAGGACUGUAUACAGCUCUAAUUACUUUAAAGGAAUUAUCAAUAUGGGAUUUUAGUUUUAGGUCUCAUUCGAAUUUACAGAAAAUAUUACAAUGGGUUGAAGAUUUUCUUAGUUUUCUUAAUAAUAAUGAGUUUUUUCAAGAUAAUUUUAUCGAUAAAAAUGAUAAUAAAAAAAUCGAGUUAAUUGAAAAAAAAUUAAACAUUUUUAUAAAUUUUCGUACACAAUUUUAUAAUGACUUCAAUAGCGAUUUAGUUAAUGUAAAAUUCCGUUGUGAAAUAAAAGAACCUUUUUAUAAUAAAAACAAAAUAAUAAAUUAUUUCAAGCAUUUAGCAAGCACAACGAAUAUUCCAUAUUUUCAACAGUCAACUGAAACUUAUUCUUAUGCAUGUAAUUAUUUAGAUAAUUUUUGUGAACUGGUUUACAAAAGUUGUUAUGAAGAUCUGGGAUUCCGAAAAAUUAUGUAAAAUAUCAACUAGUUAAAUUUAACAAGUAGAUUUCGUAAAACUAUUAUUUUAUUAUUGUUAACCAUUGUUUAAUAUAUUACACAUAAUACUUAAAAAUCAUUUCUGAAAUAUUUUUUAGUAAAUUUCUGAAUUUAUUGCAGUCUAUGCCUGUACACUUGUUACAACAUAAUAUUGAAAAUACUUCAAUAAAUGUUAAAAAUAUGUUGUAUAAAAAAAGAUGUAAGAACCACUAAAGUAUCUUAUCUUUGAUAUUACAAAAAAAAAACUUAUAAAGUUAAUUAUUUUGUUCUUUUUUUAACGAAAAUUAUGUUAUAUUUUUUGAAGUGUAAAAAAACCCAACAGGAUAAAAAACUACUAAACAUAUUUUUAACUUUAAAGUCAAGUGUUAAUCAUUUAUUUAAAAUAAAAUAUGGAUAAUUGUGUGUAUUUAAUAUUUUAAAUAUCUUCUUAUUAAUUGGUAAUUUUUUUUUUUUUUAAUGAUAGAGCUUAGGUAACAUUAUCCUGAAAAAAUUAUUCGAAAAUAUCAGAACAAUUUUUUAGCACUCCGCAAACAUUAAAAGUGAAUUUUUUGUUAGAAAAAUGUUUUUUUGCUGUUUGUGUAAUGCCGGCUUAUAACCUGAAAUAUUUAACAAACCUGCUCUAAUUCAGUCUAUUAUGAAAAUUAUGUUGUAACUCAUUUAGUUUUCACUGAGUAGUGAGGAUCUUUUAUAAGUUUCGCCUCGUCUCAGAUCACAUUUUUUUAUAUGUUCAUUAAUGCGCAAGUUCAUUAAUUGUUUCAAUUUUUUCAAUAUCUAUUUACUUGAUAUAAAUUUUUUUUUUCAUUUUGAAAUUUUAUGUAAUUUAUACAGAUUAUCCACAAUGUUUUAACAAAUCUAUUAAGUUUUGAUGUACUAAAUAUUUUACAUUCCUAGACUAAGUUAAAAUCAUUUGUGUUAUAUUUAU